GGAAAUUAUCAAAUCAUUUUUUUUUUAAUGUUUUGAACUCUAAUAAGAGGAAAUAUUUAAUUUAAAGCCAUGUAUUGUAUCACUAUGUAGAGAUAAUGGGAUUGAGAAUCAGAAUUUCACAACUGUUUUGUCUUUUCUUUACAUUUUCAGAGUUGUUGGCAGUAACCGUUUUGUACCAUUUUGAAAAUGACACAGUCGUUUUACCAUGUGAACAGUUGUCAAAUGAACAGAUAGUGUGGCAGGGACCUGAAAAGUAUUCUACAUACGGAUAUGGGGAUAUCAUAAAUCCAAAAUUUUCUAAAUCCAACAGAUUAACAAUUAUACAUGUCAAUGGAAGUCCUCACUAUAAUUUGCAAAUUCGACGUUUUUCCAGUGAAGAUGAAGGGAACUACAAAUGUGUUAGGGGCAGUGGCGGGGAUGAAUUCUUUACUUUGACAAUAGGAACAUAUCCUAGGAACUUAACGAUAGGAGAGGAAGAUUCUCAACACAUUGUGUACGGAUAUCUAAAUCAUGUAUUGGAUUUACAUUGUUCAGUUGUUCAUGGGAUUCCGAAUGGAAAACUGAUGUGGAUGGUUCACAAUCAAACUCUUGAGGAAAAAACAACAGCAUCGUUAGUUUAUUCAUUCAAACCGAAACAACAAGACCAUUUGCAAAACUAUACAUGUGCAACAAAAAGCGAUAUAUCACAAUAUUAUAUGGAACGUACUGUUCAAUUGUUUGUCUUCAUGCCGCCAGUAGUAUUGAUUUCCUUGAAUAAAACACUUGGUAUUACUGAAGGAGAAGAUUUGACAUUGUAUUGCAACUACAGUUCAAACCACGAAGUAAAAGAACUGAAAUGGGAGGAAAUGUUCCAGCAUAAAAGUCCACUGGAUGAGCGAUCGCAGUAUUUGACCAUUAAGAGCAUAAAUAGACAACAUGCAGGAAAGUACAGAUGCACUGUCAUAAAUAUGGCCGGCAGCGCUUCAGAUAUCGUUACAAUUGAAGUAUAUUAUCCUCCAACAGUACUGGUCACAUUUGAGGACCAUGGCAAUUACAGACAAUUAAACUGUGAAGCUCAUGGGGUACCAGAUCAAUACAUCUAUAAACAGUGGGAACAUAGGUCUGACUAUUCUGAUCUGAUCAGAUAUCUGCCGGACGAUGGUAGUGGUAGACUAAUACUUCCAAACACCACAGGAGAAACCGAUCGCCAUCACGACAGAGGACUUUAUAUUUGUCACGCUUCUAAUAAUGUGUCGUUGAAUGGUAGCAACUCUUUCGUUCGAGGAGAAUUUUUUCUCAAAGCACAAGGGAAACCAUAUUUUGUAACCUCCAACAAUAACACACAAUACGGAAUUAAAGGUCAAGUGGGAAACCUUACAGUUGACUUCGUUAGUUAUCCAGAGAUUACGAUCUUUACUGUUAUUGGUGAGGAUAAGAUUCAUUGUAACGACAAUUAUACUCUGGAAACUUGGAGGUUGAUGGACAAAGUAUACAACAACACUGUAACUGUGAAUGGCAGUAGACUGGUCAUAUCAAUGAACAUAGAAAAUAAACAUGACUUCCGUUCAUAUACAAUAACACUGAGAAAUAAGUUUGGAUUAGCGAACUUCAGCAUUUACUUUCGUUUACGACAACUACUGUAUAACUACAUAAAGUUGGAGGAAACGUUAUGA